GAUAGUAGCUACUAAACAAUUGGAUACCACGAAAAAGGGGUAAAAAAUAAAAAAUAAAAUAUAUAUGCAUUUUAGAAGACAACAUUUUAACCUAAGCGAAUUACAGUUUGACAUAAUAAAGGACUUUUACAGGACUUUUACCAGAGAUUCAUAUUGGACAACUGUUUAAUCCCCUACCCAGUGUGGGGUCAUCAGAUCUACCCACAUACAGCCGUUUGAGUCCUGGGAAAACCCCCUCUACUAGAACAAGUUGGCUUUGUGAGAUAUACUGUAGCUUGACAGGUGAACAAGCCUGACUUUUCAGUUAGGGCUUAAAAAAAAAGAAAAAUUAUGUUGUAGUAUUCAUCAUCAAAAGUGGUUGCCCUCCUCUUUCUCUUACCGAUCUCAUCUUCUUCCUCAUCAUCUCCACCAUCACCAAAACAAUUCCCAAAACACAUCCCCCUGCAUCAGUACGAUGGGAAAGAAUACUCCAAAAGAGUGUACCAGGGUGUCAGGGUCAAACACACUGUCAAAGACCUUCUGGCAGAGAAGAGGCAGAGACAGACAAGUGUUCCCAGGUUCAACGCUGGGACAAGUAAUUCCCAGGCAGCCUUUGUGCAGAUGCCAGGAUCCCAUAUGCUUCCUGGUUACUAUAGCAUGAGGAGGCCCCCCUACCUGACUGACUCAGACUUCAGCCCGUCCACUAAACAGUACUCCUCAGAUCCCUACAGCUCAGCCCUGGGGGGAAAGGCCCUCUCCUUCGACCACACCUCCACUUACCCUGCCUAUAUUGACAGCUACUAUACACCCGAGUCAUUUGGGGACUACCGUGGUGCCACAGCCUUCUCUACUAGCGGAGGAUCCCUCUUCCCCACCUCGUCUCUACCUCAUCUGCUACCACCUCUCCCUGGGGAAUCAUCAAAUCUCCUCCUGAGAGACUCUUGGGAGCAGUCUGACGGACACUCAGUGAGCCAGGAUGAGGUCCCAGUGCCCACCACAGCCACCUCUGGCCUGGCUUCACCUGACACUGACAGCCCCUCCCUCUAUCGGCUGAUACCUGGCCGUAGUGGAGGAUCCACCCUGUCCGGCUCCCAGCCCUACUCUCUACACCCCCUGGAAGAGGUGCACUACCCUGGUGCCUCGUACAGCCCCUCAUCCAGCUACCCCUCCAGUUACACAUAUUUGACAUCCCCGGGGGAGACUUCAGGGGUCAAGGUAUCACCUGUGCCCUCAGAGGACCCUGGCAGUGUAGCCGUCACCCUCAGUGAUGCCUCGUGGGCCAAGGAUGACGGGACUGGCUCUUGGUUGCCAUAUGAACCCAGGAAGGCCUAUUGAUACUGACUGAGACACGAACUGACAUGUUGUUGUGGACAUUAAUGGAUAGCUACAGUACAGUUCACUUCAGAGUCACUACCACAGAGAAUGUGGCUGAAUGUGGAUGUGGGUUUGUUAUACAAUAUAAUUAUAUACUUUGUAUUCCGUUUGACCUGUAUAUAAACAUUUAAUUGUGCAAAUGAUAAAAUACAGAUAUAAAUCUUUGAUUGGGA